UGUCUCGAAGCGCACACUUUACAAGGGAACACAUUUGUGUUGAAACCUCCGGGAAAGCUUGUACACAAGUGCCCAAGAGUUGGAUACAAGGAACGAUUAUUUAUCCUACAUAGUUUAGGUAGAUUUAAUAGAUGUGAUUAUGGAAAAAUCAAAGCUGUGGUCACAAAUAUGAACUGGAGAGACGUCACCUUUGGCCACAUUCGGGAAGGUGUGAGGAUCGGUGUCAUGUCAGCAAGAGAGAAAUAUUAUUAUUGAAUGCACCAUCCAGAGGAAUUUCAGACCAAGAGUUCAAUUACUAGCAACAGAAUGGAUCAGACUGUGAGAUACACCUUUCCUAAGCCAUAGAUAAGAAAAAUCAUGGAAGAGAUGCAAAGUUACCAGCUCUUUUCCAACCUAAAGCCCACAGACCUGGGGAGAUCUUAUGUCUCCAAUCUAUCACCUCCACAAAGAAAUCCCUACAAUCAAGAAAGUCCCCCCAGUUCAUCCAACACAGAUCCCCCCCAGAGGGACGUUGUUGGGAUCUUCUCCAGAUCUUCUAGUGAGGAUUAUUCCUGGCUGGUGGAACUCCUGAAAUCAAAAAAGACAAUUAUAGAAGUUAGACCUUGUUACAUCUCCAACAAUGGAUUCCAGUUCAUGGAUGAUUUGUCUCAGUGCACAUUUGGGAUUCUGUAUCACACCAAGAACAGAGGAAGAGUCAACAUCACCAACGUCACAGACUCCCUGUAUGAUGAGGAGUUGGAGAACCUCAAUAAAAUACUUGGGAAGGACAAUGUCAUUGUGGUGGUCGAUGAUCUGGAGGACAGCAGUGAGCAGGAGAAGUCUCGGAUCCUGGAGAAUCAGCCCCGUAUUGAAGAAUGGGCCAGUGACAUCCUCCUCAUAUCACAAACACAGAAAGCUGAUACAAGAGAACUUGAAAGAAUACUGGAGAGUGUAAAGCGAUUUUGUCAUCCGUCAGGUUACCCACCACCACUUUCCAACAUAGACCCCUCAGACCAGGGCAGAUCUGGGCAUCCUUCUAUCUCCUCUCCAACACCUGCACAAAGAUUGCCUCAAAAUAAAGGUUUCCCGCAACCACUUUUCAACAUAGACCCCUCAGACCAGUACAGAUCUGGGAAUCCUUAUAUCUCCUCUCCAACACAUACACAAAGAGAGCCUCAAAAUAUAGGUUUUCCACAACCACUUUCCAACAUAGACCCCUCAGGCCAGGACAGAUCUGGGCACCCUUCUAUCUCCUCUCCAACACCUGCACAAAGAAUGCCUCAAAAUAAAGGUUUCCCGCAACCACUUUACAACAUAGACCCCUCAGACCAGGACAGAUCUGGGCAUCCUUCUAUCUCCUCUCCAACACCUGCACAAAGAAGGCCUCAAAAUAAAGGUUUCCCGCAACCACUUUACAACAUAGACCCCUCAGAACAGGACAGAUCUGCGCAUCCUUCUAUCUCCUCUCCAACACCUGCACAAAGAAGGCCUCAAAAUAAAGGUUACCCGCAACCACUUUCCAACAUAAACCCCUCAGGCCAGGACAGAUCUGGGCAUCCUUCUAUCUCCUCUCCAACACCUGCACAAAGAAUGCCUCAAAAUAUAGACAAUUUUUCAAAACAAAGCCGACAAGAUCAAAGACCAAAAGAGUUAAAUGAGGAGACAUCGGCACCAACAAAACCCACCAUUUCUGUCUUCUCCAUAUCAGAAGAGGGUCACAUUGAUUGGCUGAGGAGAUUGCUGUCAUCGGACAUAUUUGGUCACCAACAUGUUACCUUCCAUAGUAUCUCUAUAGAUGAUAAAGGAGAUCUCAGGGAUAUGGAAUUUCAGUGUGAAGUUACCGUCUUAUAUCACACUAUGAAGAGUGGAGAGUUUCCUACCACCCCUCGUGGAGAAUCUCUGUAUCGCAAAGUGUUACAACAAAUGUCGGAAAAACUUGGAAAGGGAAAUGUGGUUAUGAUAAUUGAUGACAUUCAGGCUAAAGAACUGCUGCGGCUAAAGAAGAUAAUUUCUGAGAUUGAGAGAUUAGCGGAAGAUCUCUGUCCCAUUUCACCUAAAGAUAAAGACGAUGAAAUGAAACUGGUACAGAUACUAAAGAAAGUGCGACAAUUCCGCCACAUGUCAGAACAUUCUCACAAAGUGGAUCUUGCUCCACAAACCUCGAAAACAGUAAAUACCCCUCAGAAAACACCAACAUCUCAGGGAUCCAUCAUUGGUGUCUUCUCUGUCUCAGAAGAGGGUCAUAUCGAUUGGCUAAGGAAAAUGAUGUCAUCAGACAUGUUUGGACAAAGAGAAGUCACCUAUCAUAAAAUGCCAUCAUAUGAUAAUGUGGGACUUGAAGAUGGAAAACUUCAAUGUGUAGUGGCAAUUCUAUAUCACAAUAUGAAGACUGGAAAAGUUGUCACUUCACAGGGGGAAUUUCUGUACCAAAAAGCAACAGAUCAGCUGGUAGAAAAACUAGGGAAGGACAACGUGAUUGUGAUGAUUGAUGAUCUGCAAUGUUAUACAGAUAAAAAAUGGGCGACGUGUGUUCAGUCCAGGAUUGAAAAGUGGGCUGGUGAUCUCCUCUACUUCCUUCAAGAAGAAAAACGCAACCGAACGGCGCUGGUUCAGAAACUAAAGAGCCUAAAGUUGUUCCACCAACCUCAGGAAUAUCUUCCAAAUGAAAACACUGUUCAACCAGCACCGGGAAAAUCCUAUACGAUAUCAUCUCCGGCUAGUUCUGUCAUUGGCGUCUUCUCCUGUUCAGAAAAGUCCAAGUUUAGCUGGUUGGACAGACAUUUGUCAUCUAAAGAAUUUGGGAACCACCAAGUCAUAUUUCAUCAGAUUUGUCCUGGCAAUGUGAAGGAAUUUCAUUCGAUGGUAUCAUAUUGUAAAUUCGGGAUCUUGUAUCACUGUAUGGAAUGGGGGUACAAACCUCUCACAGAUCUGGAUAAUUCUCUGUAUGAUGAAGAGCUGAAAUACUUGUCAACUACACUUGGUAAGAGUCGAGUGAUUGUGGUGAUGGAUGAAUUGGGUAACAACGAUAAGGUGGCAAAAUCCUGGACUCUGGAGAAUCAGCCCAGUCUGGGGAUGUUGGCCAGAGAUGUUCUACUCUUCACUAAAUCAGAAAAUGCUCUUCACCAGAAGCCCAACAGAAGUGCGCCUGUAGACAGAAGACUGAGCACAUUGUACGAGAAACUCAACACACUUAAGGAAAUUCUAAAGGAAGGAAUGACUUUUGCUUCAUUUUCAAAUUCAAAAGAAGAUUUGGUAUAACUCCACCUCCGUAUUCUUUAUAAUAUCAAGUUGGUUGUUUCUUAUAAUUUCUCUGCUGAUAUCACUCUAUGUGGCGGCAGGCUUUUGGUAUGGAGAACGUGAGUUCCUUGGACAUCUACCAUCAUCCGAGAAGACCCAUGGGUUCAUACACAGUCCAGAUGUCACUGCCAACAACCCAAUGGGAUUAGUUACACCUCUUUCAAGAGACGGUAGAGCUGAAAAAUAAGUCUACAGCCUUGUAAAAAAAAAACUUACCUAGUAUUACUUUUCUCAAGGAAUGUGCGAUAUUCUUAAAAAUGUAUCUCAGCCCAAAGCCAGUUCUUUCAGUAGGUUUCAUGUCACGCUUCACUAAAUACGGGUUGAGCAAAACAUUUUUUGUGUAAAGCCUCGUACACAGGAUCAGCCCAUCCGAUGAGAACGGUCUGAAGGACCGUUGUC